UUCAUGAGCCUCCUUAGCUCUCCUAGCAACCAAAUCGAACUGUACAGCGAGAGACCGGACCCGGUUCACCGUAGGGCAAUGUAUAUAUGCACAGAUUAUACUUCAGGCUCAUUGUGGCUGUUUUACACGAGCUGAUAAGAUGUACAAUAUUGGCAUUUAUAAAGUUUUUAUUUUAUGUCAUUGUUUAUGUACUUGAGUUUUUGUAAUUUUGAAAGUUUAGUAGGCUACGCUUUCAUAAACGGCCGUGUUUUUGUUGUUCUGUUAGGUUUACCGGGGAGUGACAACUCCACAAAGAUAGUACCUUUUCAUACUGUAGCUAGUUACUGUUGCUCAUUGAUAACAUAGUUAAGUGACUGUAAAAUCAGUACAGGGACGAGGUUGCUAGCUAGCUUUGCUAACAGUGCUAUUGUUUAGCAGAAAUCUCUAGCUGGCUAGCCUAGCUGCACGUUAGCGAGCAAUACAUCACACAUGCUGGACCACUGAUUUUUAUACUACGGGAGCCGACUUUCCAUAAGGAAUAUGGAAACCACUGUUGAUGUAAACCACAUUUUCCCUGAAAGGAUUACAGUUUUGGAUCAAAACCUAAUUGCAGUUACAAAAUCGCUGGGAAGGUCAGAUCCUCAAUCUCUAAUUGCAGCAUUAAUUGAUGAACUUGGAAGAGCCUCAGCCAAGGCCCAAUACUUGACAGCCCCAAUCACAAGUGCAUCAAAGCUGCAGACCAACAAGCACCAUCUCUACCUGCUGAAAGACAGAGAAAGCAAUGGAGGAAUGGGACUUGCAGUGGGGUUUCUGAAGGUUGGCUAUAAGAAGUUAUUUCUGCUUGACCAGCGAGGGGCGCAUGUUGAGACAGAGCCUCUGUGUGUCUUGGAUUUCUUUGUGACAGAGCACCUUCAGAGGCACGGCUACGGACUGGAGCUGUUUAACUUCAUGCUGCAGCACAAAAAGGUGGAGCCAGUGCUGAUGGCUUACGACAGGCCCUCCCCUAAGUUCCUCUCUUUUCUGGAGAAGCAUUACUGUCUGAAAAACAGUGUACCUCAGGUCAAUAACUUUGUGGUGUUUGAUGGUUUCUUCACUAACAGAUCAGGCUCGCCUCCCUCUCCUCUGCCGGAUCAGAGAACAUACGGCUUUUUCGGCCCACUUGAGAAAGGUUCCCCCCAAAAAGCUGGACGGAGAGAUCAAGCCCAACUCACUAACACAGAGACGGGCUGUGCGAGAGGAGCAGAGGGCUCUUCUCUGGCCUUUGUGUUGCCCCGCGGCUCCUCCCUUCUCUCCUCCGUUGUCGGUAUCCUCCCCGUGCUCCCCAAGCAGGGCCCGCCAGUGCCCCAACCCGGCCCUGGCCCCAGCAGCUGCCCCUGGGGGCUACAGGGGCCCGGCCCCCAACCCCCCACUCAUCGACAGCCUCGACUACAGGGUAAAACGCACCAGCCAACAAGGCCUAGUUGCCAGGGGAAACCUCUACAGUCGCUACAUCAACACCCGGGGCUUUGGGCUGUUGUUGGAGACCCAGCAGAACACCUUCAAACUGCCAGGUUUGACACCAGUAUUGAGAGAGAGAGACUGACACAGGGGGGCAGACAGACCCACUGGGACACACAGACAGGUCCCAGUCCAGGUCCCUCCCACCUCUGUCCCUAUCCAGGAAGGAGUCGCUCUGCUCCCAGACCACCAUGAUGGCCACCAGAGAACCAGACAGACAGGCUGAGAUGGAGACCAGGGUGCUGGAGAAGGGGCUCCGGAUGAGGGGAGGGGGAGAGAAAGGAGGUGGGCCCCUGAAGGUGGUUGAGAAGGGGCCAUCGGAAACUGAGAAGGACAAGGGGAGAGGAGGGUGGUCGUGGACGGUGGGAGAGAGCUGCUGUAACACAGCUCAGUGGGUCAGGCAGAAGCAGGAAUAUAGGAACACCAGACCCUGGUGACCCACAUGGAAGACAGACGGACUGACAAGAAGCAGGAGACAGAAGACUGACGGAUAGAUAAGAGGCAGGAGAUGGAAGACAGACUUACUGACUGACGGAUAGAUAAGAGGCAGGAGAUGGAAGACUGACUUACUGACUGACGGAUAGAUAAGAGGCAGGAGAUGGAAGACAGACUUACUGACUGACGGAUAGAUAAGAGGCAGGAGAUGGAAGACUGACUUACUGACUGACGGAUAGAUAAGAGGCAGGAGAUGGAAGACUGACUUACUGACUGACGGAUAGAUAAGAGGCAGGAGAUGGAAGACUGACUUACUGACUGACGGAUAGAUAAGAGGCAGGAGAUGGAAGACAGACUUACUGACUGACGGAUAGAUAAGAGGCAGGAGAUGGAAGACAGACUUACUGACUGACGGAUAGAUAAGAGGCAGGAGAGGAGAAAGAGACUGACUGACUGAUUUAAUAGAGAUUUAAAGAAAUGGACUGUGAGCUAGAGGAGAGAUAGAAGGGAAGACAGCCAAAGAUGGAUACGGACAAUGAGUAUAUAUAUAUAUA